UUUGCCAAUCGGAUUAAGCGCGCAGUCGUGGUUUUAACCUCUUCAAAGAGUAUAAAACACGAAGUGUAGGCUACAAGAUAUAAUAAUACAGUACUGUAUAGUUGGGAGUGAUGAUAUUAUGCAAAUAUGUAAAGUUGCCGUAAUGCCUUUAUUCAGAAGGGGGCGGGCGAGCCGAAAAUCUGCGACUCCAACUCAAUUUCUGUAACAGCCUGAUAGUUAGAUUACCGACUGCGUGUCAUCGGAAUUUCGGUCUGGGUCUUGCUGGUAGUUAAGUUGCCUCUUCUGUCGGGUACCAAUAGUUUCCCCAUUUAAAGUGCCGUGGUUUCACUUGUUUUACCAUCAGUUCAACGAUGGCCUGAUCUGCGGGCGCAUGAAUUUUCCUUCGGCGUAGCUGCGGCGGGUCGGAUUGUCCGCGAAAACAAAAAGACCCGAGAGCGUGAUUUUACAAAAUGGAUAGAUCGCAAAAAGGGAAUAAAUCCGGAGGUGAUUCCGAAUCACAAGAGGAGGAGGAAGUCGACCCCAGAAUUCAGGGGGAGCUAGAGAAAUUAAAUCAGUCCACGGAUGAAAUCAACAGAUGGGAAACUGAACUUGAGGAGGGAAGGCAGAAGUUCCGCGCGGUGCUUGUGGAGGCCACCUUGAAGCUGGAUGGCCAGGUGAAUAAGAUCGGGAAGGCGGUGGAGGAGUCGAAGCCGUACUGGGAAGCUCGACGGGCCGCCCGGCAGGCCCAGCUGGAAGCCCAACGGGCGACACAGGACUACCAGGGGGCCAUUGAGGUGCUACGGGCGGCCAAGGAGACCAUCGCGCUGGCGGAGCAGAGGCUGCUGGAGGAGGACAGCCGGCAGUUUGACUCCGCCUGGCAGGAGAUGCUCAACCACGCCACCCAGAGGGUGAUGGAGGCGGAGCAGACAAAGACCCGUAGCGAGAAGGUUCACAAGGAGACGGCGGCCAAGUACAACGCCGCCAUCGGCCACAUGAAGGGGCUGGAGAAGAGGCUGAAACGCACCAUCAGCAAGUCCAAGCCAUACUUUGAACUGAAAGCUAAAUACUACCUCCAGCUUGAGCAACUAAAAACGAAGGUGGACGAACGGCAGGCCAAGCUCAACCUGGCUAAGGGAGAGUACAGGGCGGCACUGCGUAACCUGGAGAUGAUCUCCGACGAGAUCCACGCCCGCCGGCGCUCCAUGGUCACGGAGUGCCGAGGCUGUGGGGUGGGCGCCGAGGGUGAUGGCGGCUGCGGUGACGGCGACGACGACAUCGCCAACUUCAGGAUGGAGUUGGAUGGCAUCUCCAUGACAUCCAUCACCUUUGAGGACGACAGUGGCAGUGACGGCGUGUCCAGCCCAAACACGGACACCCCGCUGGGCAGCUCCUCCCCUUCACCAUCCUCCUCGUCCUCGUCCUCCCACCCAAGCACUCUGGAUCUCCCUGGGGGUGUCACUCAACCGGCCCUAGGCCCGCGGGGGCAGUGCAGUGGGGCAUCUUCGCCAGAGUGCGACCCGGAACCAGAGAGCCAGCUGGAGCAGACAGAGGAAGCCAGUAGCAGAACUGAGCAUCCGUGUCUGGAGAGUCAGAUGGAGAACCUCUCUGUGCAGCACGAUGAUAAUGCCGAGCCGGACCUCUUCUCCACAGCCCAACACAUGGUUCCCACUGCCCUACUGGUCGACGGGAUGUGAGGGACGGGCUUUAAGUGCCCUGCCUUCCUUUAGCCUUCACUGGGAGCACUGGGAAGAAGGCGACACCGGGAACUAGGUUGAAGGAGAUUCUGUCCAGAUCCUGGGGGUGAUGUCAGGGACUCCUGCCCCCAGCUAGCAAGGCCAGGAGCCAGUGGGAAGCUGCUGGUUGUGUUUUGAAGCCCCCCCCCAUUGUCAGAAACCUUGGUUAAGUCCUUAAGCCAACAUGAACCCCCCCCCCCCCCUUUCUUUUCCGCAGCACAGGCAAACUCAACCAAGCAGAACCAGGUGCCCCCCCCUCAAUCCUAGGUACCACAAGAGCCAAGUGAUGUAUAGAUGGCCCAUCCUGUGCUGCAACAUCCAGACAGUGAUAGUAACAGGCACACCUGUGUGGGGAUAACGUGGCGACUCAGAGUGUAAUAACGUGGUGACUCAGAGUGUAACACCUAUGAUGGACUGGCAUCCCAAGGUGUCCCCCAGCCCUGUACUCUGUGCUGCCUGGAAUAGACCCCGUGUGAUUGGAUGGAUGGAUGGAUGGAUUGCUAUAUGGCCUUUAAGAGUAGACACUAAUUAUAAUCUUGUAGUAUGUGCAACAACAUGAGCUUAAAGCAGUUUCAAUGUCACCUCAGUGUUAGAAAUGUGAGACAGACCAGUGGCUUGCGUCUGUUCUUCAUGUUUUCCUUUCUGAAUGACUUGAAAGGACACCUCCGCAGUGUUCAACUCCGAGAAAUGAAGAACUAAGAAGACUGUGAGUAAAAGGCAUGGCCUGUAGGGUAUUUUGGUACACGGACAAUAAAACCAUAAGAAGGAAGUCUUCUGCACCUCAGUGGAUUCACCUUAAUGUUUAAAGGUGAUGAGGCGGCUCUGUAAUGGCAAACUGGCAUUACAGAGAGACCUUUGAAGGCCUUUAGACGGAGGACAGCCCAUCCAGCAUCAAAGGGCAGUGGGAUGGGGCCCUCUGAGGGUAUUGCCGUUACAUGGUCUCAGAGCCAGUCUGUUAUUCCAUCCUAGGGUAUGUGCAAGUUGGAGAUAAGCCCACAUGACCCACCAGGCCCUGGAUGAGUGCCUCGUUUCAACAGAUACUCUUGGCAGGAGAAAACGGGCAAUGCAUAUUCAGCUGACUAGCAGAACACAAAUACAAGGGGUAAAACUGUUGUAUUACAACUGAUUAUUUGCCAUUUUUUGUAGACUGUGAUGUUAUUGAAAGAUUUCGGUAGAAGAAUCCACUUCAGUCUCUCCACCUCUCUCUCUGUAUAAUACUGUAUACUAUAUAAAUAUGUAUUUACCUAUUCUGCUGUUUUCUUUGUAACCUGAAGUCAACAUGGGUCAUGCCCAUGUCUGCUUUGCCAUGGCUAAUGAGUAUUGUUCUUCUUUUCGUAAUAAUAAACCAGCCUUCUCUGUAAGGCUGCUGGUUCUUCUUUACUCUU